CCUCCCCCCUCGUUGUUCUUCUUCUGUGGUGCAGAUGAUAAGGAGGAGGGCAUCCUGGGUAGCAUCCUGCUGCCCAGCUUCCACAUCUCCAUGCUGUCGGUGGACGACCACAUCAGCAAGAAGUACGCCUUCAAGGCCACGCACCCCAACAUGCGGACCUACUACUUCUGCACGGACACGGCCAAGGACAUGGAGUCAUGGAUGAGGGCCAUGACGGACGCCGCCCUGGUGCACUCUGAGCCAAUCAGACGACUGGACAAGUUAAAGCUGGACCCCCGCUCCCCCCCGGAGCUGAACCACCUGAUGAACCACCGCUCCCUGACGCGGCCCGAGGUCCACAACAACGAGCGGAACCGCGAGGCGGUGGUCCGCCAUCACUCCAUGUCCCGGCUGGAGGACCGCAAGCACCACCCGGCGGCGGGGGGGCGGGACCACGCGGCCCAGGGCGGGGGGACCAACCACCGCUCGGGACGGGCGCGGGAGCGCGAGUACUACACCCUGCAGCGGGACGGCGAGCGCUUCGUCCUGCAGAAGGGCGGUGAGCGCUACGCCCUGCGCAAGGACGGCGACGGCUUCUCCCUGCAGAAGGACUCGGCCCCGCCCCCGGCCACGCCCGCCCCGGGCAUCGCCACUCCCGCCGCGCCUGCCGCGCCCCGGGACCUCAGCGCCGCCCAGCGUGGCGAGCUGGAGUCGUACGCCGCGCAGACGCUGGACGACAAGUACACCGUGGCCCCGCCCCCCCGGACGCCCACCGACGGCGAGGGGUACGGCGGCCCCGCCCAGGACGGCGAGAGGUACGCGCCCGCCCAGCGGCAGGCGGCGGAGCGCCCCACGCCGCAGAGGGACCCCGCCAGGGGCCCCCCCCGGGAGGUGAGGCGGCAGCUGUCCCUGAGGGAGACGGGGGACCGCUACGGCACCAUGCUGGGGGGCGUGCACGGCGGCGGCGGCGGCGUGCACGUGGUGGACCGCUACGGCGGGCUGAAGGAGCUGAAGAAGUACGCCACGCUGCGGGAGGGCGAUCGCUACGCCGCCGCCGCCGCGUACCGCCAGGCGGACGGCUACGCCACGCUGAGGGACGUGGGCGGCGAGCGCUACGGCUUCCCCCGGGACCCCGGGGGGCCCGAGCGGCCCCUCACCAAGAUCAACAGCAUCAAGCUGCAGCCCGCCCAGGCCGCCGCCAUCGCCGCCGCCGUCUCCGCCUCGCGCCAGAGCCAGGCCGCCGCCCACGGCCACGCCCACACCCUCGGACACGACCACGCCCACGGCCACUCCCACACCCUCGGACACACCCACAGCCACGCCCACACCCCCUGUCUGCAGCAGGUGAACGGGCCCGAUGCCCCCGCCCCGGGGGAGACCUCCGACCUGCUGAGCCCCCUGGAGGGGGACGGGACCCUGGGCCGGAUGCAGCCUCUGCUGGAGGCUGAGGGGGGCCCGGGGCAGGAGGGGGCCCGGGGCCCGGAGGGGGGCUGGGGGCUGAGCAGGACCGGCUCCAUGCAGCAGCUGGAGCACUGGGUCCGCACGCACAACAACACCCCCCGGGGGCCCGAGGAGGACAGCCGGAGUGUGACCUCCUACCAGACGUUACCCCGGAACAUGCCGAGCCACCGCUGCCCCCCGGCGACGCCCCGGUUCCCAGAGGGAUACCGGACCCUCCCCAGGAACAGCGGGGUGCGGCCGGGCAGCGUGGCCAGCGCGGCGGGCUCCAUGUACGAGCGCUCGCUGGACGCCGAGAAGCGGCGCUCCAUGAGGGACGACACCAUGUGGCAGCUGCACGAGUGGCAGCAGAGACAGGCCUGCUCCCGCCAGAGCCUGGCCCUGCCCUCAGGCGCGGGUCACUACGGCACGCUGCCGUGCACCAAGACCAUGAUGAACAUCUCGGAGCACGCCCCCGCGCCCUCCAUCCCCCCCUCCCCCUCCCACGGCUCCCUCUACGCCACGCACUCCCGCCACCACAGCGGGGGGUCCGACACCGCGCCCCCCGUCGUCAGGGGCGACGGUGGCACCCUGGACCGCCGGCAGCGGGCCCACAUGGCCAAGUAUGGCUUCCCAGUGGACCGCAGGUCGCUACCGGUUGGCCAACAGCCCCAGCCAAUCACAGCCCAGUCCCUGCAGGGGAAGACGCCUGAGGAGUUGACCCUCCUCCUCAUUAAGCUGCGCCGGCAGCAGGCGGAGCUCAGCAGCCUUCGAGAACACACUCUGACCCAGCUCAUGAGCCUGGGCAUGGAGACGUCCAACGCCAAGGCGGAGGUGCUUUCCCACCACCUGCAACGUAACCUUGUGUACCUGGACACCCAGCUGAACCCGGAGAGCUACCAGGAGCCGCCGCCGCCACUGGCGCCGCACACGGAGGACGUGGACAUAGACAUCAAGCUCAGCAGACUGUGUGAGCAGGACAAGACGGUGAGGAUGCAGGAAGACAAACUCCAGCAGCUGCACAGAGAGAAGCACACCCUGGAGACGGCGCUGCUGUCGGCCAGCCAGGAGCUCAGUGAGCAGGGCAGCGCCACGGCCAACCCCAGCGCCACCGUCAGCCUGCUGCAGCAGAGAGACGUCCUGCAGAACGGACUGCUGAGCACCUGUAGGGAGCUGACCCGGGUCCACACGAGGGAGGGAGGGAGGGAGGGGGGGAGAGAUGUCCUGCAGAACGGACUGCUGAGCACCUGUAGGGAGCUGACCCGGGUCCACACGGAGGUGGAGCGGUCGUGGAGGGACUACGACCGGAUGGAGGUCGACGUCACGCAGGCCAAGAGCACGCUGCUGGAGCAACUAGAGGCCCUGGGGAGCCCUCAGACGGAGCCGCCCAGCCAGAGACACGUGGAGAUCCAGAAGGAGCUGUGGAGGAUCCAGGACGUCAUGGAGGCCCUGGCCAAGAACCAACCACAGAGGAGCUCCCACCCAGGGUUCCCAGGAGCCAGACCACUGUCCAGCCUCCAGAAGAAUGAGAACCCAGACUACCGGCUGUAUAAGAGUGAGCCGGAGCUGACCACGGUGAAGGAGGAGGGGGACGAGGUGGCUGGGGAGGAGAGGGACAAGAUGGACGCCUCCGCGGAGAGGAAGGACCCCGCCGCCUCUCGAGCAGCGCCCCCCUACCCGGUGGGCAUCGUACCCCCCAGGACCAAGUCUCCCAUGAGCCCCCCGGACUCCCUGCACAUCGGCUCCUACGUCACGCUGAGGAAGACCAAGAAACCGGAACCCAGAUCGGACCGGCCCUGGAGCUCAGCCGAGUCCCCCACGGAGAGGGAGGGGGGGGGGGCGAGGAUGAGUGUGGAGGAGCAGCUGGAAAGGAUGAAGAGGAACCAGCAGGCCAAGAGGAGAGAGAACCCCUCUCGCUCGCCCUCCUUCAACAAGGACCACCCCCUAGGUGUCCUGCUGAGGCGGGCCUCGGUGGAGGCGGGCUCUGCGGACCCCGGGGAGCUGGAGGCAGCUCUGAGGCAGCUGGCGCUGAGCGAGGAGGGAGGCAGCGUCGAGGCCGGCCCCCCAGCUGCUGGAGACCCCCCACAGCCCCCAGCCGACCAGCAGGGGGAGCUGAAGGAAGGCAGAGGGGAAGAAGACACUGGGGAUAGGCAAGAGAGCCCAGUACAUGAGGUGUGUGACAGUCAGAAGGUGGUGAUCUGGGAGCUGUGUCGAGAGCCCCAGCGGGCGGAGAUGGUGAAGCUUCAGGCGUUUAAGGAGGAGCAGAGGCGGAGGGUGGAGGAGGAGGAGGUGCAGAGGAGGAGGGAGGCAGUGGAGGAGCAGCAGAGGAGGAGGCUGGAGGAGGAGGAGGAGGAGGAGGAGGAGCAGAAGCAGAGAGAGGAGGAGCAAAGGAGGAGAGUGGAGGAGGCGAAGGGCCCCUCCCCUCCGUCAGAGAGCAACACCACGGAGAACUGCGUCAUGUUGGACGGCCCCGCCCCCAGCUCCGCCCCCCCGCCGCAGGACGGGCGGCCGCUGCCCCCCCAGCCCAUGAGGAGGCGGGACAAACCCCAGGUCCCGGAGAAGCCCCAGGUCCCGGAGAAGCCCCAGGUCCCGGAGAAACCCCAGGUCCCGGAGAAACCCCGGAUCCCGGACAAACCCCGGGUCCCGGACCGGACCGCCGCCCCCCCGGAGACCCACUUCCUCCCCUCCUACGAGCGGCUGGAGGCCGACGACAAGAAACACAACAACAACAACAACAACAUGGUGGCCGUCCAGACCUUCUCAUUGGUCACCAGCGACACGUGAUGACGGCGCCCGGAUCCAAGAUGGCGCCCUGACGGUAGAGCCGGAUGUAGCGUCCCUGCACUGAGCAUGCUCCAUGGCCUCCCGCGUUUACAAGACUACUGUGAGGAGCAGCGGACCGGAGGAGAGACACGGUCGACACGGUCUCACCCCACGACCUGUCUCUCCUACCCUAUCAACACACUCACUCACACAGAUACACGCACACACUCACACACACACACAGACUCACAGAUACUGACAUACACACAGUCAAAGGUACUCACACACUCAAAGAUGCUCACACGCACACAUACACUCACAGAUGCACACACACACACACACAUACACACACGCAGACACACAUACACACGCAGACACACGCACACGCAGACACACGCACACACACACACACACACACGCAAUCACAUUCACAGAUCCUCACACACUCAUUCACACACCCUCCAAACAGUCAUCCACACUCACACACACACACACACACGCACUCAAAGAUACUCACACACACACACACACACACACACACACACACAAACUCUCACCCACACACACACACACACACCCACAUAUAGAAACAGCCAUUUCCAGUUUUCAUAACACAUGCCGUUGGUACUUAUCAUGAAUUGUCCGUCUACUAUAUCAGCGUGAAAUAAAGAGAGUAUUUUUAAUGGA